AGGGCGAGCGAGGGGAGCAGGGCUGAAGCAGGGCCGCGCACCCCGCAAGCUCCUGUGGGCCCCGCGGAGCCAUUGCGGCCGAGGCCUCGGCCGGCGCCAGCGGAGAGCUAGCCGCAUCUUCGGGGGCAGCGGGACAGCGGCCGGCUGCGUGGCGAGAGAGUGGCCGACAGAGGGGACGCGAGGUACCGGCAUUAGCCAUGACCAAGUGGCCCUAGAGAGGGAGUAGAGGCUGGGCCUUCGGCGUUUUUCUCACGGAUUCGAGGAAGGCGGCCUUAGAGGAGAGGGAAGGUCCUCCAGUAGCCUGACCUGAGUGAGUGAGUGCUCCAGAGGAACCAGCAGACCAACUUGUUUAGGAAGGUUCGGGAAGGUGUUGAAGCAGUGUUGGGAUUUCCCACCAGGAUGAGUAUAAUUGGCUGUGAUUUUAGAUCAUAAAGCAGAAAAUCGAAAACAUGAAAGUAGACAGGACUAAACUGAAAAAGACACCUACUGAGGCUCCUGCAGAUUGCAGAGCCUUAAUAGACAAACUCAAAGUUUGUAAUGAUGAGCAACUCCUCUUGGAACUGCAGCAGAUCAAAACAUGGAACAUUGGAAAGUGUGAGUUAUAUCACUGGGUGGACCUGUUGGACCGCUUCGAUGGAAUUCUGGCAGACGCUGGACAGACAGUGGAGAAUAUGUCAUGGAUGCUCGUAUGUGAUAGGCCAGAAAGAGAGCAACUGAAAAUGCUUCUCUUGGCUGUAUUGAACUUCACAGCCUUGCUCAUUGAGUACAGCUUUUCCCGGCAUCUAUACAGUUCCAUAGAGCAUUUGACAACUUUAUUGGCUUCCUCUGAUAUGCAAGUGGUGCUGGCAGUCCUUAACCUUCUAUAUGUAUUUAGCAAAAGAUCAAACUAUAUCACACGUCUUGGAUCUGACAAGAGAACGCCACUGUUAACCCGGCUACAGCAUUUGGCAGAGAGCUGGGGUGGAAAGGAGAAUGGCUUUGGACUUGCAGAAUGUUGCAGAGACUUGCAUAUGGUGAAAUACCCACCCAGUGCAACUACACUACACUUUGAAUUCUAUGCAGACCCUGGAGCCGAGGUCAAAAUCGAGAAAAGGACAACUAGUAACACACUACAUUACAUUCACAUAGAGCAACUUGACAAGAUUUCAGAAAGCCCUUCUGAAAUCAUGGAAUCUCUUACCAAAAUGUACAGCAUUCCUAAGGAUAAGCAGAUGCUGUUAUUUACACACAUACGGCUGGCCCAUGGCUUUUCUAAUCACAGGAAGCGAUUGCAAGCUGUUCAGGCCAGACUGCAUGCAAUAUCUAUAUUAGUGUAUUCCAAUGCCUUGCAGGAGUCAGCAAACAGUAUCUUGUAUAAUGGGUUGAUAGAGGAAUUGGUAGAUGUCCUUCAAAUAACAGAUAAGCAGCUUAUGGAGAUUAAAGCUGCUUCUUUACGAACAUUAACAUCAAUUGUCCACUUGGAGAGAACUCCCAAACUCAGUAGUAUUAUUGACUGUACUGGCACUGCUUCCUAUCAUGGAUUUUUGCCUGUACUUGUGCGGAACUGUAUCCAGGCUAUGAUUGAUCCUUCCAUGGAUCCAUACCCUCACCAGUUUGCCACUGCUCUCUUCUCUUUUUUAUACCAUCUGGCCAGCUACGAUGCUGGUGGUGAAGCCUUGGUGUCCUGUGGAAUGAUGGAAGCCUUACUGAAGGUCAUAAAGUUUCUUGGCGAUGAACAGGACCAAAUAACAUUUGUCACCAGAGCCGUCAGAGUCGUUGACCUCAUCACCAACCUGGACAUGGCAGCUUUUCAAUCCCAUAGUGGACUUUCUAUCUUCAUUUAUAGACUUGAGCAUGAAGUAGAUUUGUGCCGAAAAGAAUGUCCAUUUGUGAUCAAGCCAAAGAUCCAGAGACCCAGUACUACACAAGAAGGAGAAGAAAUGGAAACUGAUAUGGAUGUUGCAGAUGUGACUAUGGAAAGUAGUCCAGGCUUAUCCAUCUCUAUGGAGCACCGGCUGGAUGUUGAAUUAAGAGCAUCAAGUUCUGGCAGUAGCACUAGCAUCUCCUCUGGCCCUGGCCCUGUCCCUGGCCCUGGCCCCGGCCCUGGCCCCGGCCCCGGCCCCGGCCCCGGCCCCGGCCCUGGUCCUGGUCCUGGUCCUGGCCCCCGUCCUGGAGUCCAGUGUAUUCCACAGCGAGCAGCACUUCUCAAAUCUAUGUUGAAUUUCCUCAAGAAGGCCAUUCAAGACCCUGCUUUCUCGGAUGGCAUACGGCAUGUGAUGGAUGGUUCUCUGCCUACCUCCCUGAAACACAUCAUUAGCAAUGCAGAAUACUAUGGCCCAUCACUCUUCCUCCUAGCUACUGAAGUGGUGACUGUGUUUGUAUUUCAAGAACCAUCACUGCUCUCCUCACUCCAGGACAAUGGAUUGACAGAUGUCAUGCUGCAUGCACUACUUAUCAAAGAUGUUCCUGCUACCCGUGAAGUUCUUGGCUCUCUCCCAAAUGUAUUCAGUGCACUGUGUUUGAAUGCUCGAGGUCUUCAGUCUUUUGUACAAUGUCAGCCUUUUGAACGUCUCUUCAAAGUUCUUCUGUCUCCAGAUUACCUCCCAGCUAUGCGGAGGAGGAGGAGUUCUGAUCCCCUUGGGGAUACUGCAUCUAAUCUGGGGAGUGCUGUCGAUGAACUCAUGAGACAUCAGCCUACCCUCAAAACAGAUGCAACAACUGCCAUCAUCAAGUUACUUGAAGAAAUCUGUAAUCUUGGAAGAGACCCUAAAUACAUCUGUCAGAAGCCAUCAAUCCAGAAGGCAGAUGGCACUGCCGCAGCUCCUCCUCCAAGGUCUAAUCAUGCUGCAGAAGAAGCCUCUAGUGAGGAUGAGGAGGAAGAGGAAGUACAGGCCAUGCAGAGCUUUAAUUCUACCCAGCAGAAUGAAACGGAACCUAAUCAGCAGGUUGUUGGUACAGAGGAACGUAUUCCUAUUCCCCUCAUGGAUUACAUCCUUAAUGUGAUGAAAUUUGUGGAAUCUAUUCUGAGCAACAAUACAACAGAUGACCACUGCCAGGAAUUUGUGAAUCAGAAAGGACUCUUGCCUUUGGUUACCAUUUUGGGUCUUCCCAAUCUGCCCAUUGACUUUCCCACAUCUGCUGCCUGUCAGGCUGUUGCAGGUGUCUGCAAAUCCAUAUUGACACUGUCACAUGAACCCAAAGUCCUUCAGGAGGGUCUCCUUCAAUUGGACUCCAUCCUCUCCUCCUUGGAGCCCUUACACCGCCCCAUUGAAUCCCCGGGGGGCUCAGUGUUGUUGCGAGAACUGGCUUCCGCCGGCAAUGUUACUGAUGCUACCCUAUCAGCUCAGGCCACACCUCUGCUGCAUGCUCUUACUGCUGCUCAUGCCUACAUCAUGAUGUUCGUUCAUACUUGCCGAGUUGGACAGAGUGAAAUCCGUUCCAUCUCGGUAAACCAGUGGGGCUCUCAGUUGGGCCUGAGUGUUCUGAGCAAGCUGAGCCAGUUAUACUGCUCCCUGGUGUGGGAAAGCACUGUCCUCCUCUCAUUGUGUACUCCAAACAGCCUACCAUCUGGGUGUGAAUUUGGCCAGGCUGACAUGCAGAAACUGGUUCCAAAGGAUGAGAAGGCAGGUACCACCCAGGGCGGAAAAAGAUCAGAUGGGGAACAGGAUGGAACAGCUGGAAGUAUGGAUGCUUCUACCCAGGGCUUAUUGGAAGGCAUUGGGCUAGAUGGUGACACGUUGGCUCCCAUGGAAACAGAUGAACCUACUGCUUCAGACUCUAAGGGCAAAUCUAAAAUCACACCAGCCAUGGCUGCCAGAAUCAAGCAAAUCAAGCCUUUGUUGUCAGCUUCCUCCAGAUUAGGCCGAGCACUUGCUGAGCUAUUCGGACUCCUUGUUAAACUUUGUGUGGGGUCUCCUGUCCGCCAAAGAAGGAGUCAUCAUGCUGCCAGCACCACUACAGCACCAACACCCGCUGCUCGAUCAACAGCCUCAGCCCUCACCAAGCUCCUCACAAAGGGCUUAUCUUGGCAGCCCCCACCAUAUACACCUACUCCCCGCUUCAGGCUGACAUUCUUCAUCUGUUCUGUUGGUUUCACAUCCCCAAUGCUAUUUGAUGAGAGGAAGUAUCCCUACCACCUCAUGCUGCAGAAAUUUCUCUGCUCUGGAGGCCACAAUGCUCUUUUUGAAACUUUCAACUGGGCUCUGUCCAUGGGAGGCAAAGUUCCUGUUUCUGAAGGAUUGGAACAUUCAGAGUUACCCGAUGGCACAGGAGAAUUCCUAGAUGCCUGGCUUAUGCUGGUGGAAAAGAUGGUGAAUCCCACCACAGUGCUUGAAUCCCCACAUUCACUGCCUGCCAAAUUGCCUGGAGGUGUCCAGAACUUCCCACAGUUCAGUGCCCUCCGCUUCCUUGUGGUAACUCAGAAAGCAGCCUUUACUUGCAUCAAGAACCUGUGGAACCGGAAACCCCUGAAGGUGUAUGGCGGGCGAAUGGCUGAGUCCAUGCUGGCCAUUCUGUGCCAUAUCCUCCGAGGAGAACCUGUGAUUCGAGAGAGACUAAGUAAAGAAAAGGAGGGGUCUCGAGGAGAAGAGGAUGCAGGGCAAGAGGAAGGUGGCUCCCGUCGGGAACCUCAAGUUAACCAGCAACAGCUGCAACAGCUCAUGGACAUGGGCUUCACAAGGGAACAUGCCAUGGAGGCCCUGUUGAACACUAGCACCAUGGAGCAAGCCACAGAGUACCUUCUAACCCACCCUCCUCCAAUCAUGGGAGGAGUUGUUCGAGAUCUCAGCAUGUCUGAAGAGGACCAAAUGAUGAGAGCAAUUGCCAUGUCUCUGGGACAGGAUAUUCCAAUGGAUCAAAGGGCAGAGUCACCUGAGGAAGUUGCUUGCCGGAAGGAGGAGGAGGAACGGAAAGCCCGGGAAAAGCAGGAAGAGGAAGAGGCUAAAUGUCUGGAGAAGUUCCAAGAUGCUGACCCUUUGGAACAAGAUGAGCUCCACACUUUCACAGAUACCAUGUUGCCAGGCUGCUUCCACCUUCUGGAUGAGCUACCUGACACAGUAUACCGUGUGUGUGAUCUGAUCAUGACAGCAAUCAAACGUAAUGGAGCAGAUUAUCGUGACAUGAUUCUGAAGCAAGUAGUUAAUCAGGUGUGGGAAGCUGCUGAUGUAUUGAUCAAAGCUGCUCUUCCCCUGACAACAAGUGACACAAAAACUGUGUCAGAGUGGAUCAGUCAGAUGGCCACCCUGCCCCAGGCCUCCAAUUUGGCUACUAGAAUCUUGCUUUUAACGCUUCUUUUUGAGGAGUUGAAGCUCCCUUGUGCUUGGGUGGUUGAAUCAAGUGGCAUCCUUAAUGUCCUAAUCAAAUUAUUAGAAGUGGUUCAGCCCUGCCUACAGGCCGCCAAGGAGCAAAAGGACGUCCAGACUCCAAAGUGGAUCACCCCAGUGUUGCUCCUGAUUGAUUUUUAUGAAAAGACAUCUAUCUCCUCAAAAAGGAGGGCCCAGAUGACUAAGUACCUACAAUCCAACAGCAACAACUGGCGCUGGUUUGAUGACCGCUCUGGGCGUUGGUGUAGUUACAGUGCAAGCAACAACAGCACUAUUGAUUCUGCCUGGAAAUCUGGAGAGACAAGUGUGCGAUUCACUGCAGGCCGAAGAAGAUAUACUGUCCAGUUCACUACAAUGGUGCAGGUUAAUGAGGAAACAGGGAACCGACGCCCUGUGAUGCUGACUCUCCUCAGGGUACCAAGGCUGAAUAAAAACUCAAAAAACAGCAAUGGACAGGAACUUGAGAAGACACUGGAAGAAAGCAAAGAAAUGGAUGUCAAACGUAAAGAAAAUAAAGGCAGUGAUAUUCCUUUGGCCCUAGAGAAUGCAAACACUGAAAAGGAGACAAGCCUGGAAGAAACAAAAAUCGGGGAGAUCCUGAUCCAGGGCCUGACAGAAGAUAUGGUGACUGUUUUAAUCCGGGCCUGCGUGAGCAUGCUGGGAGUUCCUGUGGACCCAGACACUUUGCAUGCCACCCUUCGCCUCUGCCUGAGGCUCACCCGGGACCACAAAUAUGCCAUGAUGUUUGCAGAGCUGAAGAGUACCCGCAUGAUCUUGAAUUUGACCCAGAGCUCAGGCUUCAAUGGGUUUACUCCCCUGGUCACCCUUCUUUUAAGACACAUCAUUGAGGAUCCCUGCACCCUCCGUCAUACCAUGGAAAAGGUUGUUCGCUCGGCAGCAACAAGUGGAGCUGGUAGCACUACCUCUGGUGUCGUAUCUGGCAGCCUCGGCUCUCGGGAGAUCAACUACAUCCUUCGUGUCCUUGGGCCAGCUGCAUGCCGCAACCCAGACAUAUUCACAGAAGUGGCCAACUGCUGUAUCCGCAUCGCCCUUCCAGCCCCUCGAGGCUCAGGAACUGCUUCAGAUGAUGAAUUUGAGAAUCUUAGAAUUAAAGGCCCUAAUGCUGUACAGCUGGUGAAGACAACUCCUUUGAAGCCCUCACCUCUGCCUGUCAUUCCUGAUACAAUCAAGGAAGUGAUCUACGAUAUGCUGAAUGCUCUGGCUGCAUACCAUGCUCCAGAGGAAGCAGACAAAUCUGAUCCUAAACCUGCGGGUAUGACCCAAGAGGUUGGCCAGCUCCUGCAAGACAUGGGUGAUGAUGUAUACCAGCAGUAUCGGUCACUUACUCGUCAGAGCAGUGACUUUGAUCCACAGUCAGGUUUUUCCAUUAAUAGUCAGGUCUUUGCUGCAGAUGGUACCUCCACUGAGACUUCCACAUCUGGGACGACCCAAGGAGAGGCAGCUUCAACUCCGGAGGAGUCUCGAGAUGGGAAGAAAGAUAAAGAAGGGGACCGGGCCUCUGAGGAAGGCAAGCAGAAAAGCAAGGGCAGUAAACCUUUAAUGCCUACCUCCACUAUCCUUCGUCUUCUGGCAGAGUUGGUGAGGUCCUAUGUUGGUAUUGCUACCCUGAUUGCCAACUACAGCUAUACUGUGGGCCAGUCUGAACUGAUCAAAGAGGACUGCAGUGUGCUAGCUUUUGUUCUGGACCACCUCCUCCCACAUACCCAGAAUGCAGAAGACAAGGACACACCUGCCCUGGCCCGCCUAUUCCUAGCAAGCCUGGCUGCUGCAGGGAGUGGCACAGAUGCCCAGGUGGCCCUAGUGAAUGAAGUAAAAGCGGCCCUGGGACGGGCACUGGCUAUGGCUGAGAGUACAGAGAAACAUGCCAGGCUUCAGGCAGUGAUGUGUAUCAUCAGUACUAUCAUGGAGUCCUGCCCCUCCACCUCCAGCUUCUACAGCAGUGCCGCAGCCAAGACCCAGCAUAAUGGCAUGAACAACAUCAUUCGACUCUUCUUGAAGAAGGGGCUGGUUAAUGACCUGGCCAGAGUGCCUCACAGCCUAGACCUGUCCAGUCCCAACAUGGCCAAUACAGUCAAUGCUGCUUUGAAGCCUUUGGAAACACUUUCCCGGAUCGUGAACCAGCCCAGUAGCCUUUUUGGCAGCAAGAGUGCUUCUAGCAAGAACAAGUCUGAGCAGGAUGCCCAGGGAGCCUCUCAGGACUCCAAUAGCAACCAGCAGGACCCAGGCGAGCCUGGGGAAGCAGAAGUGCAGGAGGAGGAUCAUGAUGUCACUCAGACAGAGGUGGCAGAUGGGGAUAUCAUGGAUGGGGAGGCUGAAACCGACUCAGUGGUGAUUGCUGGGCAGCCUGAGGUGCUCAGUUCACAAGAGAUGCAGGUUGAGAAUGAGCUGGAGGACCUGAUAGAUGAGUUGCUUGAGAGGGAUGGCGGAUCUGGGAACAGUACAAUUAUAGUGAGCAGAAGUGGAGAGGAUGAAUCACAAGAGGACGUGCUGAUGGAUGAAGCUCCUUCCAACCUCAACCAAGCUUCCACUUUGCAGGCCAACCGAGAAGAUUCCAUGAAUAUCCUGGACCCUGAGGAUGAGGAGGAGCACACUCAGGAAGAGGACAGCAGUGGCAGUAACGAGGAUGAGGAUGAUAGUCAGGAUGAAGAGGAGGAGGAGGAGGAAGAUGAGGAAGAUGAUCAGGAGGAUGAUGAAGGUGAAGAGGGAGAUGAAGACGAUGACGACGAUGGCUCUGAGAUGGAAUUGGAUGAGGAUUACCCUGAUAUGAACGCUUCUCCCUUGGUCCGAUUUGAGCGCUUUGACCGGGAGGAUGAUCUCAUCAUUGAGUUUGACAACAUGUUCUCCAGUGCUACAGACAUCCCCCCAUCCCCAGGAAAUAUCCCUACCACCCACCCACUGAUGGUACGCCAUGCAGACCACAGUUCCCUGACGCUGGGCAGUGGCUCCUCCACAACUCGUCUCACCCAGGGCAUCGGGCGUAGUCAGAGGACCCUCAGGCAGCUGACAGCCAAUACAGGCCACACCAUUCAUGUUCACUACCCUGGGAAUCGCCAGCCCAACCCUCCUCUUAUUCUCCAGAGGUUGCUUGGUCCCUCAGCUGCUGCUGACAUCCUUCAGCUGAGCAGCAGCCUUCCUCUACAAAGCCGGGGCAGGGCCCGCCUCCUAGUGGGCAACGAUGACGUCCACAUCAUCGCCAGGUCUGAUGAUGAACUGCUAGAUGACUUUUUCCAUGACCAGAGCACAGCUACCAGCCAAGCAGGAACCCUGUCCAGCAUCCCAACAGCCCUGACCCGCUGGACGGAGGAAUGCAAGGUGCUUGAUGCUGAGAGCAUGCACGACUGUGUUUCAGUGGUUAAGGUGCCGAUUGUCAACCACCUGGAAUUCCUGAGGGAUGAGGAGCUAGAAGAAAGGCGGGAGAAACGCAGGAAACAACUGGCUGAAGAAGAAACAAAGAUAACUGACAAAGGCAAAGAAGAUAAGGAGAACAGGGAUCAGAGUGCACAGUAUACGGCAUCUAAGACAAAUGACUCCACUGAACAGAACCUCUCAGAUGGGACUCCUAUGCCUGACAGCUACCCAACAACCCUAUCUUCAACUGAUGCAGCUACAUCUGAGUCCAAGGAGACCCUUGGCACUUUGCAGCCCUCACAACAGCAGCCAACACUCCCACCCCCACCAGCCUUGGGAGAGGCUCCUCAGGAGCUGCAGUCCCCAGCUGGAGAAGGAGGGAGCUCUACACAACUAUUGAUGCCUGUGGAGCCAGAGGAAUUGGGUCCCCCUAGGCCUAGUGGAGAAGCAGAGACAACUCAGAUGGAGUUAUCUCCAGCUCCCACUAUAAGUAGAGAUCUAACAUCUCCCUGUGACUUCCUCCUAGCCUCUCUUUCCCCAGAGAGAGCUGAAGAUUCUGAUGCACUGACAGCUGUCAGCAGCCAACUGGAAGGAUCUCCUAUGGACACCAGCAGCCUGGCUUCCUGUACCCUAGAAGAGGCUGUAGGUGACACCUCAGCAGCUGGCAGUUCUGAGCAGCCCACAGCAGGCAGCUCCACUCCUGGGGAUGCCGCACCAGUUGUGGCCGAAGUGCAAGGCAGGGGUGAUGGGUCAGGGGAAACUGCCCAGCCACCUGAGGAUAGCUCUCCCCCUGCAUCCUCUGAGAGUUCUUCCACCAGAGAUUCUGCCGUGGCCAUUUCUGGAGCAGAUUCCCGAGGAAUCCUAGAAGAGCCACUGCCUUCAACAAGUAGUGAAGAAGAAGAUCCUCUUGCAGGUAUCAGUCUCCCUGAAGGUGUGGACCCCUCUUUUCUGGCUGCUCUGCCUGAUGACAUCCGUCGGGAAGUCCUACAGAACCAGCUGGGCAUCCGUCCACCAACCCGGACCACCCCCUCCACAAAUAGCUCCACUCCUGCAGUGGUGGGGAAUCCUGGUGUGACAGAAGUGAGCCCCGAGUUCCUGGCCGCCCUGCCUCCAGCCAUUCAGGAGGAAGUGCUGGCACAGCAGAGAGCUGAGCAGCAGCGACGGGAACUGGCACAGAAUGCCAGCUCAGACACCCCCAUGGACCCUGUGACCUUCAUCCAGACUCUUCCCUCAGACCUGCGUCGUAGUGUCCUAGAGGACAUGGAAGACAGCGUGUUGGCUGUGAUGCCACCUGAUAUUGCAGCCGAAGCUCAAGCCCUGAGACGAGAACAGGAAGCUCGGCAGCGACAGCUCAUGCAUGAGCGUCUGUUUGGGCACAGCAGCACCUCAGCACUCUCUGCUAUUCUCCGAAGCCCAGCUUUCACCAGUCGCCUGAGUGGCAACCGUGGGGUCCAGUACACUCGCCUUGCUGUGCAGAGAGGUGGCACCUUCCAGAUGGGGGGUAGCAGUAGCCAUAACAGGCCUUCUGGCAGUAACGUGGAUACUCUACUCCGCCUCCGAGGGCGGCUUCUUCUAGACCAUGAAGCCUUGUCUUGUCUCUUGGUCCUACUUUUCGUGGAUGAGCCAAAGCUCAAUACUAGCCGUCUACACCGAGUACUGAGAAAUCUCUGCUACCAUGCCCAGACCCGCCACUGGGUCAUCCGCAGCCUGUUGUCCAUCUUGCAGCGUAGCAGUGAGAGUGAACUAUGUAUUGAAACACCCAAGCUCACCACAAGUGAGGAAAAGGGCAAAAAAUCAAGCAAGAGCUGUGGGUCAAGCAGCCAUGAGAACCGCCCCCUGGACCUGCUCCACAAGAUGGAGUCUAAGAGCUCAAACCAGCUGUCCUGGCUCUCAGUAUCCAUGGAUGCGGCCCUCGGCUGCAGGACUAAUAUUUUCCAGAUACAGCGUUCAGGGGGGCGCAAACAUACAGAGAAGCAUGCAAGCAGUGGCUCCACCGUCCACAUCCACCCCCAGGCUGCUCCUGUUGUCUGCAGACAUGUUCUGGACACACUCAUUCAAUUGGCCAAGGUGUUUCCUAGCCACUUCACACAGCAGCGGACCAAAGAAACAAACUGUGAGAGUGAUCGGGAGAGGGGCAGUAAGCAGGCCUGCAGCCCAUGCUCCUCACAGACUACCAGCAGUGGCAUUUGCACAGACUUCUGGGACUUAUUGGUAAAACUGGACAACAUGAAUGUCAGCCGGAAAGGCAAGAACUCCGUGAAGUCAGUGCCAGUGAGCACUGGUGGUGAGGGGGAAACCUCCCCAUACAGCCUCGAGGCCUCCCCACUGGGGCAGCUCAUGAACAUGUUGUCACAUCCGGUCAUCCGCCGGAGCUCUCUCUUAACCGAGAAACUUCUCAGACUCCUUUCUCUCAUCUCAAUUGCUCUCCCAGAAAAUAAAGUGUCAGAAGCACAAGCUAAUUCUAGCAGCGGUGCUUCCUCCACUACUGUUGCCACCUCCACCACAUCUACCACCACUACCACUGUCGCCGCCACGCCCACACCCCCUGCUGCAACCACCCCUGUCACUUCUGCUCCAGCCCUGGUUGCUGCCACAGCUAUUUCCACCAUUGCCGUAGCUGCUUCGACCACAGUGACUACCCCCACGACUGCUACCACUACUGUUUCAACUUCUAAGGGCAGCAAAUCUCCAGCAAAGGUGGGCGAUGGGGGCAGCAGUGGUGCAGACUUCAAGAUGAUAUCCUCUGGCCUCACUGAAAACCAGUUACAGCUCUCUGUGGAGGUGUUGACAUCCCACUCUUGUUCUGAAGAAGGCCUAGAGGAUGCAGCCAAUGUGUUACUGCAGCUCUCUCGGGGGGACCCUGGGACCCGGGACACUGUUCUCAAGCUGCUGCUGAAUGGAGCCCGCCAUCUGGGUUAUACCCUUUGUAAACAGAUAGGUACCCUGCUGGCCGAGCUACGGGAAUACAACCUGGAACAGCAACGGCGAGCCCAGUGUGAGACCCUCUCUCCAGACGGCCUUCCUGAGGAGCAGCCACAGACUACCAAGCUGAAAGGCAAAAUGCAGAGCAGGUUUGACAUGGCUGAGAAUGUGGUAAUUGUGGCAUCUCAGAAGCGACCCUUGGGUGGCCGGGAGCUCCAGCUGCCUUCUAUGUCCAUGUUGACAUCCAAGACAUCUACCCAGAAGUUCUUCUUGAGGGUACUGCAGGUCAUCAUCCAGCUCCGGGACGACACACGCCGUGCUAACAAGAAAGCCAAGCAGACAGGCAGGCUAGGUUCCUCCGGUUUAGGCUCAGCUAGCAGCAUCCAGGCAGCUGUUCGGCAGCUGGAGGCUGAGGCUGAUGCCAUUAUACAAAUGGUACGUGAGGGUCAAAGGGCGCGGAGACAGCAACAAGCAGCAACGUCGGAGUCUAGCCAGUCAGAGGCAUCUGUCCGGAGGGAGGAGUCACCCAUGGAUGUGGACCAGCCAUCUCCCAGUGCUCAAGAUACUCAGUCCAUUGCCUCAGAUGGAACCCCACAGGGGGAGAAGGAGAAGGAGGAGAGGCCACCUGAGUUACCACUGCUCAGUGAACAGCUGAGCCUGGACGAGCUGUGGGACAUGCUAGGGGAGUGUUUAAAGGAACUGGAGGAAUCCCAUGACCAGCAUGCGGUGCUAGUGCUACAGCCUGCCGUUGAGGCCUUCUUUCUGGUCCAUGCCACAGAGCGAGAGAGCAAGCCUCCUGUCCGAGACACCCGUGAGAGCCAGCUGUCACACAUCAAGGACGAGCCGCCUCCACUCUCCCCUGCCCCCUUAACCCCAGCCACUCCUUCCUCCCUUGACCCAUUCUUCUCUCGGGAGCCCUCAUCUAUGCAUAUCUCCUCAAGCCUGCCCCCUGACACGCAGAAGUUCCUUCGCUUUGCAGAGACUCACCGCACUGUGUUAAACCAGAUUCUACGGCAGUCUACCACCCACCUCGCUGAUGGGCCUUUUGCUGUCCUGGUAGACUACAUUCGGGUCCUUGACUUUGAUGUCAAGCGCAAGUAUUUCCGCCAAGAGCUGGAGCGUUUGGACGAGGGGCUCCGGAAAGAAGACAUGGCUGUGCAUGUCCGCCGUGACCAUGUGUUUGAAGACUCCUAUCGUGAGCUGCAUCGCAAAUCCCCUGAAGAAAUGAAGAAUCGAUUGUAUAUAGUGUUUGAAGGAGAAGAAGGACAGGAUGCUGGAGGACUCCUGCGAGAGUGGUAUAUGAUCAUCUCUCGAGAGAUGUUUAACCCUAUGUAUGCCUUGUUCCGUACCUCACCGGGCGAUCGAGUCACCUACACCAUCAAUCCAUCUUCCCACUGCAACCCCAACCACCUCAGCUACUUCAAGUUUGUUGGACGCAUUGUGGCCAAAGCUGUGUAUGACAACCGCCUCCUGGAGUGCUACUUUACUCGGUCCUUCUACAAACACAUCUUGGGCAAGUCUGUCAGAUAUACAGAUAUGGAGAGUGAAGAUUACCACUUCUACCAGGGCCUGGUUUAUCUGCUGGAAAAUGAUGUCUCCACACUAGGCUAUGACCUCACCUUUAGCACUGAGGUCCAAGAGUUUGGAGUCUGUGAAGUUCGUGACCUCAAACCCAAUGGGGCCAACAUCUUGGUAACAGAGGAGAAUAAGAAGGAGUAUGUACACCUGGUGUGCCAGAUGAGAAUGACAGGAGCCAUCCGCAAACAACUGGCAGCUUUCUUAGAAGGCUUCUAUGAGAUCAUCCCAAAGCGCCUCAUUUCCAUCUUCACUGAGCAGGAGUUAGAGUUACUCAUAUCAGGACUGCCCACCAUCGACAUCGAUGAUCUGAAAUCUAAUACCGAAUACCACAAGUACCAGUCCAACUCUAUUCAGAUCCAGUGGUUCUGGAGAGCAUUGCGUUCUUUCGACCAAGCUGACCGUGCCAAGUUCCUCCAGUUUGUCACGGGUACUUCCAAGGUGCCCCUGCAAGGCUUUGCUGCCCUCGAAGGCAUGAAUGGCAUACAGAAGUUUCAGAUUCAUCGAGAUGACAGGUCCACAGAUCGUCUGCCUUCAGCUCACACGUGUUUUAAUCAGCUGGACCUGCCUGCCUAUGAGAGCUUUGAGAAGCUCCGUCACAUGCUACUGUUGGCCAUCCAGGAGUGCUCUGAAGGCUUUGGGCUAGCCUAAUAAGGCCCUGCCCACCUCUGUGGGGUUUUUCUACCAUCGUUGGACCUGGGGAGGGGGGAAAUUUAAAAAGAACGAGAAAGAAAAUGUCAAAAAACAAUAAAUGAUAUACACCAACUCA